ACUCAUGAAAUAAGUUGAUGUAUAUAAUUUGAAGAUUUUAGUUCAGAUUUUAUGUUGUAAAAGUUGUUUGAAAGGCUUGAGAGCAAAAGAUAAGACAUUUUAAUAAGUAGUUACAGAUCUAUCUCAAAUAAACUAUUUUCGGGUUUAUGCAUACGUUGUAAUCGAAUAAUUACGUGAAAUAAAUAGAUUUUAGUCUGCAUUACUUUGUCACUGUUUUAUUACGUGAAAAAAUUCCAUGCAUCAAUCAAGUGAGAGAUAUUGAUGGCUGGUUUGAUCACCCGCGUACAACAAAAGCAGGUCAGGUUCAAUUGGAAAUCUAUUCAAACGGAUUAAAAAUUAAAAAAUGUUAUCUAGUAUAACGUGCAAGGUAAUACCUUGACAACUAUUUUACAAAGAUAUCUAUGCUUCAAGGCAUCGUCGUGAACUUGAAAACUACCACUUCGUUAUUAAAUGUAUUUUUAAAUAGUAUUUUUAAAAAAACGUACUCAGUUUGAGCGACAAUAUUGAUCGAACGAUCGCGAUGAAUACGAGUUGCAAGUUGUUUAAAACAAGUGAAAAAUGUUGAUCGAAGUAACAAGCCUCGUGAAAAAUGAAAAGUUAGCCGAGGAAAAACAUGAAAUAGACUUGAUUAAUAUGCACGAGCAAUUAAUCGCUUUCACGCAGGACAGGUACUCGAAGUUGAAUCGUUGUGCCAAGGAUUUUCCGCGUUCGAUCGGCGAAGCGAUGACCUAGGAACCCGUCGACCGUCGCCGGGGAAUCGCUCGGCGGCCGUCGCAGCUUGGCCGAUAGCGCGGCGCGAUGGUCGCGAGUGAGUGCCCGCGCUAUCUCGGCGAAGGACGAGCCAGAGCUGGCCAGCCGCUACAAAAGCCCCGGCGGCGGGCUCGUGGCGGCAGUCGAGAGAUGAGGUCCACGCUAGCGAGCCUGUUCUGUCUGAGUGUCCUGGCCGGCGUUCGAGCGGACGCGCCGCGCAUCGUCGGCGGCAGGAGCGCCGACAUCUCCGAGUUCCCGUACCUGGUGUCGCUGCGGCUGCGCGGUCGGCACUUCUGCGGCGGCUCCAUCAUCGACGAGAGCCACGUGCUCACCGCGGCCCACUGCAUCAAGGGGAUCGUCGCGCCGCCCUACGCCGACCUGCUGGUGGUCGCGGGCAGCAGCCUGUCGGCGGGCAGCGCCGGGCGCCACCACCGCGUGCGGCGCGUCCGCGUGCACGAGGGCUACCUCGGCACCGAGGCCUCCUCCUACAAGCACGACCUGGCCGUGAUCACGCUCGCCAAGCGGAUCGCGCCCGGCGCCAACGCCAGCGAGAUCGCGCUGCCGAGCAGGGAUGUGCGGGAGGGCGAGCGCGCGACCGUCAGCGGCUGGGGCGUCAGGCGCUACCCGUCCAGCGCCGUCUCGCCGCGGCUCCAGAGCGCCCACAUGAGGAUCGUGCCGCGGCGCCAGUGCACGGGUCGCGUGCCCGCGCGACUCUACGCCGGCCACGUGUGCGCCUUCCUGCGGAGAGGCGUCGGCGCCUGCUCCGUGAGUGCUCGCUGUGCCUCUCGCGGCGCCCGCGCUCACCUGGCCUUGCUUCUGCUCGCAGGGGGACAGCGGCGGCCCGCUCGUCGUCGACGGCCAGCUCGUCGGCAUCGCCUCCUGGGUCGUCCCCUGCGCCGAGGGCUACCCCGACGUCUACACCAAGGUCUACGCCUACGAGGACUGGAUCCGCGGAGUCGUGGCGAGCUCCCGCUAGUCGCCCCCCUUGUGCGAAUAAAGCUACGCCUCCAUGCGCUACCGAGUCGUCUUCUCUUCGCACUCCCGCAGCCCUCUCUGCUCCCUCGCUUGCGAGCUUCGCGGCUAUCUACGUCCACCGGUGCUCUUUUACCUUAUUGUCCAAGCGAACGCAGCUCCCGCUCGACCUCAGCCCUCUUCCAACUCUUUCGAGCUUUUUUUUUCAAAAUGGCUCGCCAGUUUUCACGAGCACGCACAGACCGUCGAGGGCGUAGUGCCAGUUGACCAGCACCAGAUCCACAUCCUUCGGCUGCUUGGUCGCGUCCUAGUACUUGUUCUGGUCGCCAAUGUCACGACUGUACUGUGCAGUGGCUGCGCCAGGUAGAGAAGGGAAUUGGUUAGCCUUUGCCAGAAGCUUAUCGGU